AAAUGACGACGGACAAGCCCUGCACACAUUUCCACCAAUAACAAACCUGCUAGCUUACGCCAGCCUUACAUGUAUUGUUCGUACUAGUCUCUUCUAAGUGCAUACAUAUAUUAGUUAAAUAUGAUGCGUUAGUUAGUUUCUUAUUGGACAUUUUGCUUUGUAUUACACAGUUAUAUAACUGGUAUUGUCUCCACUGCUGAUGAUAAACGUGAAUCAGCGAAUAAAUACAAGCAUAUCGUAUUAGCUAGCAGGCUAACGCAGUGGCCUUUGACAUGAGACUGUAGCAGGUCGUGUGACUUCAGCUUGCGGAUGGGUCGGUUUCGGUUCUUAUAAACAUGUCUUGAGACACAUUAGAGUCUGAAAGGAAGUUUAUGUUUUUUUAAAUUUAGCUCAGAAAAGAGAAACAUCCUCUUCAGUGUCGCCGAAAGCUGUCGGCUGAUUUAUAUUCAGAUCAGCGCCCACUGAAAAUUUGCAAGAUGAAGAUGUUCUCGGUGGCACACAAGACCGUCUUUGUGGUGGACCACUGCCCGUACAUGGCGGAGUCCAGUCGUCAGCAGGUGGAGUGUGACGUGCUUACAAAGAGCCGAGCUCAAGGGGUCAUUCCUUUGGCGCCAGUGUCCAAAUCCCUGUGGACGUGCGCUGUUGAGUGCUCCAUGGAGUACUGCCGGAUCCUCUACGAUGUUUAUCCGCUGGACAAACUUAUCAAUUACAUAGUGAGCGAUUCAGAAUUCCACAUAUUGAACAGCUGGAGGCGGGAAGCUCAGAGCACUCAUGAGCUAAUGUCAGCUCUGGCAGCUGUCGGGCCACCGAAUCCUCGCGAGGACCCAGAGUGUUGCAGCAUCUUGCAUGGACUAGUUGCUGCUGUGGAGUCACUGUGCAAGAUAACAGAGUUACAGCACGAGAGGCGCACAGCUUUGAUGGAAACUGCUGAGAGGGUUGCCAAUAGAGGCCGAAUUAUCUGCCUAACCAAUGCAAAAAGUGAUACUCAUGUGCGCAUGUUGGAGGAUUGUAUUCAGGAAACUAUUUUAGAACAAAACAAACUGGCGGCAAGCUCAGACAGGUUGAUGGCCAUUCAGCAAUGUGACCUAGUUCUAGUACACAUCUACCCACUGGGGGAGGACACGCUGGUGUCAGACCGCCCCAAAAAAGAGAUCUCCGCCCUGCUCACCAGCGAGGUUCACAGCGUUCGUGCUGGGAGACACCUGGCCUCCAAACUCAACAUUCUGGUCCAACAGCACUUUGAUUUGGCUUCCACCACCAUAACAAACAUCCCCAUGAAAGAAGAGCAGCAUGCCAACACAUCAGCCAAUUACGACGUGGAGCUCCUGCAUCACAGAGACGCUCACUUGGAGUUCUUUAAAAGCGGAGACUUGCACAUGGCAGGCACGAGCACCCGGGAAAAUGGACUCAAAGAGACAGUGACACUGAAAUGGUGCACUCCACGAACCAACAGCAUAGAGCUGCAUUACUGCACAGGGGCCUAUCGCAUCUCCCCAACAGACGUAAACAGUCGCCCCUCAUCCUGUUUAACUAACUUCCUUCUAAACGGUCGGUCAGUGCUGCUGGAACAGCCGAGGAAGUCGGGGUCAAAGGUCAUCAGCCACAUGCUAAGCAGCCACGGAGGCGAGAUUUUUCUGCACGUGCUCAACAGCAACCGCUCCACCUUAGAGGACCCGCCCUCCAUCAGCGAGGGCUGCGGAGGCCGAGUGACCGACUACAGGAUCACCGUACGUCCGGCUCCCAGAAGCAAGCAGACCACCCGGACUCUCUUCCUCCCUGCUGAGAAACCUCUCCUUUUUUCAUUUGGUCAGGAUUUCGGUGAGUUCAUGAGGGAGAACCGGCUGGCUCCUGUUUCAGAGUCUUCCCACGACCCUUCUGGGAAGCUCCCUGUUGAGAGAGCCAAGGCUCAGCUGGAGCGCCACACCAGAUACUGGCCAAUGAUCAUCUCCCAGACCACCAUCUUCAACAUGCAGGCGGUGGUUCCGCUAGCUAACCUGAUAGUGAAAGAAACUCUGACUGAGGAGGACGUGUUGACCUGCCAAAAAACCGUCUACAACCUGGUAGACAUGGAGAGGAAGAACGACCCCCUCCCCAUUUCCACCGUGGGGUCCAGAGGCAAAGGCCCCAAGAGGGAUGAACAGUACCGCAUUAUGUGGAACGAGCUGGAGACCUUGGUGAAAACGCACUCCGCCGCCACCGACAGACACCAGCGAGUCCUGGACUGCAUCAUAGCCUGUCGAAGCAAACCUCCAGAAGAGGAGGAAAGGAAGAAAAGAGGGAGGAAGAGGGAGGACAGGGAGGACAGAGCAGAGAAAAAUGGCAGCAAAGAGACAGAGGAUAAAAGCUGGCCGGACUCCGAGAGACUGAAGGGUCUGCUGGAGAAGGAAGAGCAGGAGUCAGAGGUGAUAAAAGACUCCCCGGACUCCCCGGAGCCGCUCAACAAGAAGCCGCGCCUGAUGGCGGAGGACGUCAAGCCACCAGAGAGAGCAAAAGGUCCCGUGUCGCUCCUCACCAUGUGGACCAAUCGGAUCACGGCAGCCAAUUCCAGGAAGCACCAAGAGUUUAUGGGGAGAGCCAGCUCUGUCAACAACAAAUUUGAGCUGUACCAACACCUCAAAGAGGAGAACGGGAUGGAUGUUCAUGAAAACGGGAAGUCCUCCAGAUGAUGCUUCCACAGGUUUGCUGUUUCAUCUCAUUUGAGGAUGAAAACGAAGAACAGUGUUUUAUGUCUUAGGAGUCAUGGACAUGGACAUGUUGUUGACGGACUCAAACAGGGAAUUUAUACAUUUUUACUCAUGAUUUUGUAGAUAUGCUGUUCACAUGUUGUAUAACACAAUAAAAGGUGACUGUAGAAAGA